ACACACACGCACACGGCGCCCAAGCCAGCCCUCCCCAUCACCAGUAUUUCCUCACGUUGGCGGACCACUAACGCGCAGUUUCACGUUCCCUCCACAUCAAGCGAGCUGUUUCUUAAGGAAUAAACGGAGAACAGAACGGGCAGAUUUCUUUAUUACCACCGCUGAACAUUUUCAUUUUGGCUGCUUUCCUUUGAGAAUCUAAGCUGUUUGUGUAUUAUUGUUUAGUGUGUUUUUUUGUUUGUUUUUUUUUUCCUCAUCUGGUUGAAUUUCCUCUGAGAUGGAAGUGAGAUGUCGUCCAGCGGUGAUGUGUUGUGUUUUUGCCAUCCUGUGCUCUGUGGUUCCCCGGUCGCUGGAGUCCUCUUACAGGGACAGACAGUACCUGAACGAGUGGGCAGUGGAGAUCCCAGGCGGACUGGCCGCUGCAGAGGCGAUCGCCAAAGAGCUGGACUACCAGCUGGUCCGACAGAUUGGGGCCCUGAAAGACCAUUUCUUGUUCAAACACCGCAAUCAUCCUAGCAGAAUGAGACGAAGCGCAGACCACAUAACCAGGCGGCUGUCCGAAGAUGAUCGGGUGUUGUGGGCAGAGCAGCAGUACGAGAAACGCCGGAACAAGCGAGCGUCUCUCAGGGAGUGCAGGGACUGUCCGGUGGAUAAGCUGUUCGAUGACCCCAUGUGGAACCAGCAGUGGUACCUGCAAGACACGCGGACGUCUUCCUCGCUGCCGAAGCUCGACCUGCAUGUGAUCCCCGUGUGGCAGAAAGGCAUCACAGGAAAAGGGGUGGUCAUCACGGUCCUGGAUGACGGGCUGGAGUGGAACCACACCGACAUCUACUCCAACUACGACGCAGCAGCCAGCUACGAUUUCAACGACAACGACCCGGACCCUUUUCCCAGAUACGACUCCACUAAUGAAAACAAACAUGGGACCAGGUGUGCUGGGGAGAUCGCUAUGCAGGCAGACAACAAUAAGUGUGGUGUUGGAGUGGCGUACAACUCCAAGGUUGGAGGGAUUCGUAUGCUGGAUGGGAUUGUGACUGAUGCCAUUGAAGCCAGCUCUAUUGGGUUCAAUCCAGACCAUGUGGACAUCUACAGUGCCAGCUGGGGACCCAACGAUGAUGGCAAGACAGUGGAGGGCCCUGGCCGCCUGGCCCAGAAGGCAUUUGAAUAUGGUAUCCAGAAGGGCCGUGGUGGGAAAGGCUCUAUCUUUGUUUGGGCAUCAGGUAAUGGUGGCCGCCAGGGCGAUAACUGUGACUGUGAUGGCUACACAGACAGCAUCUACACUAUCUCAAUCAGCAGUGCCUCCCAGCAGGGCUUGUCCCCGUGGUACGCUGAGAAGUGCUCCUCCACUCUGGCUACAGCAUACAGCAGUGGAGACUACACCGAUCAGAGGAUUACUAGUGCUGAUCUGCACAACGAGUGCACUCAGACUCACACUGGAACAUCGGCCUCUGCACCCCUGGCUGCUGGAAUAUUUGCCCUGGCACUGGAACAAAAUCCGGAUCUCACCUGGAGAGACCUGCAGCACAUUGUGGUCUGGACCUCAGAGUUCGAUCCUCUGGCCAAUAACCCAGGCUGGAAGAGGAACGGAGCAGGGCUGAUGGUCAACAGUCGCUUCGGCUUUGGCCUUCUCAACGCCAAAGCCCUGGUGGACCUUGCUGACCCCGCCACCUGGAAACACGUGCCUGAAAAGAAGCAAUGCAUCGUCAGGGAUGAUUCUUUCCAGCCCAGGGAGCUGAAAGCAGCAGGGGAGAUUGCUAUAGAGAUUCCAACCAAAGCCUGUGCAGGGCAGGAGAACGCAGUCCGCUCAUUGGAGCAUGUGCAGGUGGAGGCCAGCAUUGAAUACACCAGGAGGGGGGAUCUGCACAUAACACUCACCUCCCCAGCCGGUACCAGCACAGUGUUGCUGGCUGAGCGAGAGAGGGACACGUCUGCUAAUGGUUUCAGAAACUGGGACUUCAUGUCUGUUCACACAUGGGGAGAAGAUCCUUCUGGUACAUGGACUCUAAAGAUCACAGAUACUUCCGGCCGUAUGGAGAACGAGGGUCGGAUUUUGAACUGGAAGUUGAUUCUUCAUGGAACAUCAGAGAAACCGGAGCACAUGAAGAAACCUAGAGUGUACAUUCCCUACAACGCUGUGCAGAACGACCGCCGUGGUGUAGAACAUAUGGAUGACAUGAUGGAGGAGCCCACACAGGCCUUUCCACCUCCAAAGCCCGAGAGAGCACAAUCCCCCCUUCCUUCCAACACAGAGAAAGAGCCCAGAAAGCCCUCAAAUUCACCCUCCUCCCCUCCUGUGGCUCUGCUGCGUCUGCUCCAGACAGCCUUCAGCAGGCAGAUCCCUGCCUUACAGCAGUCCCAGUCCGUGGCCAGGCCCUCCUCUGCAUGGAGGAAGCAGCAGCCAGGCCGGAGCCUCUCUCCCCUAGCAACAAAACUCCCCCCUCAGAUGUUGUACCAGGCUCUGGACAUGAUCAACAGGUUCCAGGGCCCAGAGGACAGUAUCUACACCGACUACACAGAUGGCUUCUACAGCACCAAGCCAUACAGGCACCGAGAUGACCGACUGCUGCAGGCCCUGUUUGAGAUGCUAGGUGAAGACCAAAAUUGAAGCCCUGGAGGAGAGGAGAGGAGAGGGGGGAAGGGAAGAAGGGAGGAAAUUAGAGGAGAGAAAAAGAAAGAUAUAACAUAGAGGAGAAGCAUGUGCUGGUUGGGGAGCAGAGGAACAAGGUGAGGAGAAGAGAGAAAGCAGAAAGAUGGGCUUAGAAGAGCGAAGGAGAAGAAAAGAAACACAGGAGAGAGAGAGAGCUCUUCCACUUAGCUGCCCCCCACCCCACCAAAAUAAAAGAACAUGCUGCAAUUCUGAUCUUUUUACCUUCAUUUGCCAGUUGCCGUUGAUUCUUUGGUCAGUCACGUAAAAUUUCCCCUCCACACAGGAUUCAAAAUGUGGACUUGUAGUGAAAGUGAAAGCAUUUAAAUUUAAAAAGAGGGGAAAGCUUUGUCUCUCUUCUCUUCACUGCCUGCUCAAGCAUGCCACCUUCAGAAUAUGUUUUGUAUUAGUAUCUAUAUAUUAUCUAUAUAUUAUACAAAGACAAUGAUUGUAAUAUGGUUUUGAAAACACCAAAAUCUUCAAAUCCAGGUUUUUAUUUGUAUUUUGCCCUACAUCGUUUGUUUGUUUGUUUUUUCUUUUCAAAUUUUCCCUGUAAUGGGACACAGACAACUCACUUAAUUCACUUUAGAGGACAAAUUGAUCCCUAAAAACUCACAUUAAGUCUUUAAAUUAAAAUCAGCAUAUAUUCAAAAUGAAAAAAGAAAAUUGAAAUGUUUGAACUUUGUUGGCAAAAGAUUUAUUCUCAGGGUGUCAACAAAGCUCAAGAGAGUAACAGAAUCGUAUUCUGGACUCUUCCAAGUAUUAAGAGAAAUAUAGUGAAAGAUGUGAAAGAUUAUAUAUUGUAAAAGUAUGCAGAUGAGACAAUACAGUUGUACCAAUAUCCCGUUAGAAAAGAGAAAACAUAACCAACCACUACUCUGGUAAUAGUGGAUGACAAAUGGAGCACUGGGAGGUAGCGACAUAUUCAAAGUGAAAAAAGUAAUCUUCUUCUUGUGCAAUUUGUUUAAUUUUGUAUAAGUACAAUGCUGCAUUAAAUGAAAUAUUUUUCUAAGGAUCCUCAUAGUUUAUGGAAAUAAUAAAUACAGUAUCAAACCCUUGAACGGUUUAUUUUCUUGUGGCAUAGUUCACUCAAUAACCGCAAAGUCAGUGUAGUUAUCACAACUACGAAUGAACACUGCCAAAAUCUUUGCUGUCAAAAAAUCUUCUGUGUACUUCAGUGAAUGUGCAAAUGGAUAACACGUAGUUUGCUCAUCAUCUGCAAUAUGCCAACUAGAAACAGUACCUUAAUCCUGGACAGAUUAGCGCAGUUAAAUUAGCCUACUUCUCUGGUAUUAUUUAUUUGGUAUUAAUGGACCUAUCAUGCUUCAGAAACUGAGCAGUGACUCUGUAGGAUAGGGGCUCUGCACCACAACCUUCCUGCACACUCAUCUUGAACGCCUUAAUAUAUGCUGUGAUAAAUGUGCAUAUUCGUCUCUACAUAAUGUAGAUCAAUUUACAGAUGCUAUUGUAAGUGUUUGGGGUUUUUUUUAUCACAUAAAUAGUUCAUCGGUCCACUAUGCAGAGUCUCUAUCCUCCAGCUUGGAACUGCUUGCCCCGCUUACCUGCCAUCAAGGUGACAGGGAAAAGAUGUUUGGGCCAGCGCUUCACAUGCAUCCUGUAAUUUAUCCAUUCUUUAGUGUAGCCUGUGUUGUUUUCUUCAUGUUUUUGUUUUUGACCGAUGCUUGAGUCGAAUACAUUGUUUACAUAAACCAAUGUUAUGUUGCAAUUUCUGUAUGGAUGUACAAAAAAGGAAAAAAAAAAAGGAAAAAAAAGAGAUUUAUCGUAA